UGAGUGUGCUGUUAGAGUGGUAUUAGUGUUGUUGUAAGUGUAGUUUUAGCACCCCCAACAGGAGAUUUUGUAAAUAGCAGGUGACGUCACAGGAAGUAAAAAAUCGGUGGAUGUUUACAUGGUGCUUGACGUCUGAUCAUUAUCCACGUCCAUCUGCCUCCAUCCUUCGUCUUUCGUGUUAUCGUCUUUUCACACUUUCUGCAUUAGUAAACCUGUGGACAAAGAGAAUUGUCUUCAGUGUGUUAAUGGAAGAAAGGUGUUGAACCUUGCUGCCGGUCCUCUACUUCGUGGUGAAGUGGGAAAGACAGUACAGUGAAAAGACGGCACGUUAUACACGAGGUAAUCCAGUGAGUGUCACUACAGCAACUGUCAUCACACAAUACAGCUUCUACCGACCUGCAAUAUGGAGACAAAGUCAGCGUCAUUAAAGACAAGGUCUUAUGCAUCAAUGUCAUCCACUCGUUCCAGUGGAACAGCAACUAGCGCUGCAGCUGCAAAAGCCAGGGCUAACGCUGAAGCGGCAAAGGCACGUUUAGUAUUUGCAGAAAAAGAAAUGAAGUUAAAAAUGGAAAAAGCUCGUCUAGAAGCUUCAAUGGAAAUGUUGACUAUAGAAAAGGAGACUGCUGCAGCCAUAGCAAAGGCAGAAGCUUUAGAAGCAGUGGUGGGAGCAAGUGAAGGAAAACACAGCUGUAGGCUUCCUUUCAUCUCAUCAGUAGUUGACUCUUCCGAGCGCACAAAAGAGUAUGUGGAGAACCAGGCUAAACUCUCAGCAGACAUACAUGUGGAAUCACACGAUGCGCCGUGUUUACAGUCACAACGGCUACCUCUAGAACAACCUUCACACAAUACGUUGUACAAGCCACAUCUCACUCCACCAAGAGAUGAUUGCACUGCUGUUGCUAAUGUUUUUAAAACACAGCAAAAAAGCCUUAACCCAUUUAUCACAAUGGAUGUCAACGCCACCUCAUCGCAACAGAUGGAGCACCAGUACAGAACUAUAACAGAAAAUGAUCAAGAUUCUGUAAUGCCUGCACACAGUCCCACUGUAAAUCAGCAACCAUGUGACACGAACAAUGCAAUGGAAGCUCGUCCCACAUCCCAACGUGGCAACUUCCAGCAGCCUGCUCACUCAACUGGUUCGCAGAUGACAGACUUCGUCAGAUUUCUAGCACGAAGAGAACUUGUUACAACAGGUCUUUUACAGUUUAACGACAGACCGGAGAACUACAGGGCCUGGCGACGUUCAUUCCAGAAUGCCAUAAGAGACUUAAACCUAACAUGUGAUGAAGAAAUGGACCUGCUUGUCAAAUGGCUGGGAAGUGAAUCAACUGAGCAUGCAAAACGCAUAAGAUCUAUCCAUAUAAACCAGCCAGCUAGAGGGUUAAACAUGAUCUGGAACAGAUUAGAUGUGUCUUAUGGUGCAUCUGAAGCUAUUGAGAAAGCAUUGUUUGAGAGACUUGAUCGUUUUCCAAAAAUUGGAAACAAGGAUCACACCAAACUUCAGGACCUCAGUGAUUUACUGAUGGAAUUAGAUGCAGCUAAGGCUGAGGGAGAUCUGCCUGGUCUUUCUUAUCUUGAUACUCCUAGAGCACACACUGCCAGAGACUGCCAAACUAUUGUUAAGUGCACUGAAUGCACCAGUGACAGACACUCUUCAGCACUACACCCAGGUCAGGCACCAUGGGUUAAAGACACCCAACCACCAAUAAAGCACGGCGGGGAGCCAGAACCCAUUCAAACUUCAGAAGUUACUAGCCAGUGCACUUCAGUCUGUGGAGAAGACCGUGCAGUCAAGAACUGCUCCAAGAUAUGCCUGGCCAGAGUCUAUCCUAAAGGAGAAAGUGACAAAGCCAUAAAGGCUUAUGUUAUCAUAGAUGAGCAGAGUAACAGGUCUCUGGCACACUCAAGUUUCUUCGACACGUUUGGUGUUCAAGGCCCGGCUGCUUCGUACUCACUAAAGACUUGCUCUGGAAUGUCUGAAAAUAUGGGAAGAGUAGCUUCAGACUUCUGUAUAGAGUCAAUGGAUGGUAAAACAGUGCAGCUACUACCAAGUCUGCUGGAGUGUAACGAGAUACCAGACAACAGAGCAGAAAUUCCAACACCGAGUGCUGCUCUUUAUCAUGAACAUCUCAAACCAAUCGUUCACCUCAUCCCAGAACUCGAACCAGAUGUUCCUAUUAUGCUCCUACUUGGACGUGACAUCAUCAGGCUUCAUAAGGUUCACAAAUGCAUCAAUGGCCCACCAGAAGCUCCCUAUGCUCAGAAACUUGCUUUAGGAUGGGUGAUUGUGGGCAAAGUCUGCCUUGGGCGUGUUCAUAAGCCACUCAGCGUGAACACAUAUUUCACCAACAUUCUCGAACAGGCUCGCACAACCAUUUUUGAGCCCUGUCCAAGUGUUCUACAUGUUAAAGAGAGAUACAGUCCCAAAAGAUCAAAGGAUGUCAAUGAGGUAGAAGAUUUUGAGCUAGGUCGCACAGUGUUCCAACUUACCAGUGAAGAUAAUAAACAAGCUUCAUCCUUUGAAGAUCUUGCCUUCAUGGCAAUAAUGAAACAAGGAGUAAAAAAGGAUGCUAGUAAUAGCUGGGUUGCUCCUCUACCAUUCAGACAGCCAAGACAGCACCUCCCUGAUAAUAGACAGCAGACUAUUAGGCGAUUUCACUCUCUCAAACACAACCUAGAGAGGAAACCGGAGAUGAGCCAACACUUCUUCUCCUUUAUGGAAAAAAUAUUUGAAAAUGGACAUGCUGAAGUAGCUCCACUUCUCAAACUAAACCAGGAACGGUGGUACCUUCCUAUUUUUGGGGUGUAUCACCCAAAGAAGCCUGGCAACAUUCGUGUUGUGUUUGAUUCAAGUGCACAGCAUCAGGGGGUGUCUUUAAAUGAUGUUCUCUUGAAAGGACCAGACCUCAACAAUCUACUCCUUGGUGUUCUGAUGAGAUUUCGCAAAGAAGCCAUUGCCAUAACUGCAGACAUCAAACAAAUGUUUCAUUCCUUCCUUGUGAGGGAAGAGGAUCGUAACUUCUUACGGUUUUUUUGGUUCAGGGACAACGACCCUACACAGGAAGUCAUCGAGUACCGCAUGACAGUGCAUGUGUUUGGAAACAGCCCCAGUCCAGCAGUCGCUAUUUACUGCCUUAGGCAAGCUGCGAUGGAAGGGGAACCACAUCAUGACCCUGGAGUGAAAGACUUUGUCAACCGUGACUUCUAUGUGGACGAUGCACUUAAGUCCUUUUCUACUGUAAAAGGUGCAGUCAGUUUGCUGAAGAACACACAGGAUGUUCUAGCAAACUCUAACUUGAGGCUCCACAAAAUUGCUUCUAACAACAAAGAAGUUAUGGAAGCUUUUCCUGCUGAAGACCGUGCAAACGACUUGAAGGAUUUGGACCUAAGCUCAGACGUUCUUCCUGAACAACGGCGCUUGGGACUGAACUGGAACUUGGAGUCUGACGCAUUUGUAUUCAAAAUCGAUCAAGUAGAGAAACCCUUUACACGUCGAGGCGUCUUGUCUGUGGUAAACAGUGUGUACGACCCUUUAGGAUUCGUGGCUCCUGUGACCAUCCAAGGGAAGUACAUUCUGAGAGAACUGACACAGCAAAGAGUAGACUGGGAUUCUCGCCUUCCUGACAUGAUGGAGGAACAAUGGAUGAUUUGGCGAGAUUCACUGCAAGAUCUAAGUAGCUUGAAGAUUCCAAGACCCUAUACCGAAGUUUCCCUUUCAACAGCAAAGACAAGAGAACUGUGUGUUUUUUCGGACGCAUCAACCAAGGCUAUUGCAGCAGUUGCCUAUCUCAAGGUGGUGAAUGAGGCAGGAAAUAUACAAACUGGCUUUGUCAUGGGGAAGGCAAAACUGGCACCCAGACCUGAACACACAGUUCCCAGACUUGAGCUUUGUGCAGCUGUACUGGCUGUAGAGCUGGCAGACUUCAUAUCAUCUGAACUUGACGUGUAUGUGGAUGCAACAACCUUCUACACUGAUAGUAAGGUGGUGCUCGGAUACAUAAAUAACGAAACAAGGCGUUUUUAUGUAUAUGUUAGCAACCGUGUUGUGCGCAUAAGAAGAUCCUCCCAUCCCAAGCAGUGGAAGUAUGUGUCAACAGUAGAAAAUCCGGCAGACUGUGCAACAAGAUCUGUACCAGCUGCCUUUCUCUCAAAUACCUCUUGGCUUAGAGGGCCUAGUUUUCUUACUGAGCCUAGACAAGAAUCUUUAGAGCAAGGUUCCUUUGAGCUUGUGGAGCCAAACGUGGAUGUUGAAGUCCGUCCCCAAAUCUCCACUCUGAAAACACAGGCUUCUCUUACAUUGCUUGGUUCCCAUCGCUUUUCUAAGUUCUCUACCUGGCAAGCUUUGAGACGUGCCAUUGCUACUCUUCUUCAUGUUGCAAUCAGCUUUCAUACGGUCACAGAAAACAGACAGUGUAAAAGGUGGCACUUAUGUCAGAAAGCAGGCACACCUGACCAGCUCAAUCUAUCAGAGGAUGUCAUUAUUCGGACUGUCCAGGAAGAGGCAUAUGCUGAAGAAUUGGCCUGUCUCAAAAACGGUCAAGUGAUCUCACGAAGAAGUCCUCUUAAGGCCCUGGAUCCCUUUAUUGAUGAACACAACAUCCUAAGAGUAGGUGGUCGGAUGAGACAUGGAGAAAUUUCUCUGGAAGAAAAGCACCCUAAGAUCAUUCCUGGUAAGACCCAUAUUGCCACACUGUUGGUCCGAUAUUACCAUGAACAAACCCUGCACCAAGGCCGUCACUUCACCGAAGGUGCAAUUCGUGCAGCAGGUAUCUGGAUUAUUGGUUUGAAGAGACUGGUUGGCAAUGUCAUUUAUCAUUGUGUCACAUGUCGAAAGCUCCGUGGUGUCCCUCCACAACAAAAGAUGGCCGACUUGCCAGCAGAUCGUCUCUCCAUGGACCCUCCAUUUACUUACAUUGGAUUGGAUGUGUUUGGCCCAUGGAAUGUUGUUGCAAGGCGUACAAGGGGUGGUCUCGCCCAUAGUAAAAGAUGGGCUGUGAUAUUCACUUGCAUGGCUGUUAGAGCAGUUCACAUUGAGGUUAUCGAGUCUUUAGACACCUCCUGCUUUAUCAAUGCCCUCAGGAGAUUUUUGGCCAUUCGAGGUCCUGUGAAACAGAUCCGAUCGGACAGAGGCACAAAUUUUGUGAGUGCAUCAGCAGACCUAAAGAUCCCAUCUAAUAUUGACUCCAAAUCUGUUGAGAAGUAUUUGGCAGACAGAGGCUGCUCAUGGGUCUUUAACCCCCCACAUGCAUCUCAUAUGGGUGGCUCGUGGGAAAGGUUAAUUGGCAUAGCCAGAAGAAUCCUGGAUUCAAUGUUUCUGCAAGUUGGGACAUCAAGUUUGACACAUGAGGUGCUUACUACACUGAUGGCAGAAGUGGUAGCGAUUAUAAAUUCAAGGCCUCUCCUACCAGUGUCUACUGAUCCAAGUGACCCAGUUAUACUCACCCCGGCUACCCUCUUAACUCAAAAGACGGGUGUUCCAUCAGUUCCACCUGAAGACCCUAAUGUUAAGGACCUCUGUAAGCAGCAAUGGCGCCAAGUCCAACAUCUGGCCCAAACUUUCUGGAGCAAAUGGAGAAGACAGUAUCUGUCAACAUUGCAGCCAAGAAGGAAGUGGCACGACAAUCAGACGAAUCUGGAGACUGGGAGCAUUGUGCUUCUACGGGACCAGCAACUCAAGAGGAAUGAAUGGCCCCUGGGAAUAAUUACUCAAGUUCUCCCCAGUCAAGACAACAAGGUCCGCAAAGCAGAGGUCAAGGUGUCAAGGCAGGAUGGAACUAAAGUAUUUCUGAGGCCAGUGACGGAGCUCAUUCUUCUGUUAUCACCACCGUAGGACUAAAUUGUUUUAGAAGUGUUUCUUAUUCAAUGUUGAUAGUGGCAUUUAUCUAUGCCAGGCGGGGAGUGUGCUGUUAGAGUGGUAUUAGUGUUGUUGUAAGUGUAGUUUUAGCACCCCCAACAGGAGAUUUUGUAAAUAGCAGGUGACGUCACAGGAAGUAAAAAAUCGGUGGAUGUUUACAUGGUGCUUGACGUCUGAUCAUUAUCCACGUCCAUCUGCCUCCAUCCUUCGUCUUUCGUGUUAUCGUCUUUUCACACUUUCUGCAUUAGUAAACCUGUGGACAAAGAGAAUUGUCUUCAGUGUGUUAAUGGAAGAAAGGUGUUGAACCUUGCUGCCGGUCCUCUACUUCGUGGUGAAGUGGGAAAGACAGU